AUGGAUUUUUUGGACUAUUGGGGUUUGAUCAAUUAUCACCCAUUCCUGCAGACUGAGUCUGCUGUUGUGGGUGCUGCUGAUGCUGACGGAUUGGCAAAGACAGACUUUUUGGUUGAAAAAUUGUAUCGCUUUGAAACAGACCUGUCACAUACGCCGGUAGUUCCUAGGACUAAUGUAGCGACACAGACUGUGCCUUGGGGAUUGUUUCCGGAGUCCGUUGUUGCUGAAGAAUCAGUGAAUUCUGAGGGACCGUCCAUUGAGUACCAUUGCAAUUUUUGCUUAGCUGAUAGAUAUUCAUUAAUUUUAGGUAGAUUACUACAAUAAUGGAAGAAAAUGAUUUAUUUUUUUAUCAUGAGCUUUAUUUUGUUGUCCUGCAUUGUAAAUUGUGAUGACAGUUUGCAUUUUGAUUAGUACG